AUGACCCGCAAGCUCCUCGCACUCGUGCCGUCGGGACUGCCGUCAAGUACUGACUUCGGGCGCUUCCAUCCAGACGCAACCGAUGCCCCACUCCUGUCCGUCGUGCUUUGGACGUCUCGCUCGACCGGUUCGAUGACCCGCACACGGCAAUUGGCUCUGGACAAGGACAAGCAAAAGCUGUUGGAGCUCCAGCGCUUGCAACCCGUGGAUGGCGCGCGCAGCUGGUUUGUGGGCAACGCCGUGCUUCAGGAUGGCGGAGUGAUGGUCUUCUCACCUGUGGAUGCACUUUUCGUGCUGCUGGAUGCUGCGUGGCCUCAGCGCGCAAGGUUUUCGUCCGUUUAUGACCUACUAGCGACAGCAGGCAACACGUGGUUGCUGCAACUUUUGACGUUGCGGCAAGUGAUUGAGUGCAUUUGUGACGUCCAGGAGAUGGCAGGAGAUGAGGAAGUGGACAACCUCUGUGUGAAGGUCAAUGAGAACAAGGUGACGUCGUGGCUGCGGACGAAGGUGGAGAGAGUGGCCAGCGUGCUGUUGAAACAGGAGCAAGAUGCAGCCGCGAAGGCUUCGACUGCGGCAGCGUUUACCGACCAGGUGAAUGUAAUUGGACACAGUUGUGUGGACAAGAAGAUCCAGGCGGAAAAGGUACAGGACGAGAAGGCAGAUGUUGCUCGACACUAUCGACAUGCGAUUGACGUGGUAGGUAACUACCUCGCGAACGAAUGGACCGACGUGCUUUGCAGCGAGUUCAGGGUCGAGAGGGAAGAGGAGGUCAAGAAUGUUGCCAAGGCUGCAGCCGGACCGAUGGAGUCAUUCCAGCGCUUCGACCGACGUCGAAUGCCAGAAAAUGCAGUGAAGCGCCCGACAUCUAUUGGUGCUGCCAGUAUCAAGAAGAAGAGCAAGCUGGAUAACGUGGAUCGCUCGGGGAUGAAAUCGCUUACGUCAUUUUUUAGCAAAAAAUAG